AAUAAAGUUUAUGGGAUCCCCUUUUCCAGAAGACCCUAUAAAACUCAUUCCCAGCUCCCCCAAGCCCCAUUUGGGGGGGUCCAAACCCCCCGAAUUCGGGGCUUGUGGGGCCAAACCCGCCUUGAGCUUUGUGGGGUUUGUAAAGGAUCCGUGCCCCCCUCUUCCCCCGGCGGUUUUGGGGUCGGAGCUUUGCGGGGUUUGUGGGACUGGGGAAGGAUCCGCUCUCCCUCUGCCCCCGGCGGUUUUGGGGUCGGCGGGGCCCCGCGGGGCCGGGGCGGGGCCCCCCCGUUCCCGAUAAGGGCCGGGCACGGAUCCGCCCCUCCCGGCCCGAAUAAAGCGCUGAUCUCAUGCCCCGCGCGGCCCCAGAGCCUUGGGAUCGGCCCCGGCUUUGGGAUCGCCUUUGGGAUCGGCCCCGGGGCUCCGGGAUCGGCCCCGGCUUCAGGAUCCGCUGUAGGAGCCCCCCCAGGGCUUUGGGAUCGGCCGCGGGAUCAGCCCCGGCGGUCGGGAUCGGCCCCAGGUCCCCGCGGCCAUGACGCCGUACCGGCAGGAGCUGGAGAAGUACCGCGACAUCGACGAGGACAAGAUCCUGCAGGAGCUGUCCCCGGAGGAGCUGGCCCAGCUGGACGCCGAGCUGGCCGAGAUGGACCCCGAGAACGUGCUGCUGCCCGCGGGGCUGCGCCAGCGCGACCAGACCCACAAGAGCCCCACGGGACCGCUGGACCGGGACGCGCUCCUGCAGCACCUGGAGCGGCAGGCGCUGGAGGCCGAGGAGCGCCAGGACCUCGUGCCCUUCACCGGCGAGAAAAAAGGGAAGCCGUUUGUCCCCAAGGCGGCGGCGCCGGCGCUGCCGCGGGAGGAGCAGGUGACGCUGGAGCCGGAGCUGGAGGAGGCGCUGGCCAACGCCACCGAGGCCGAGAUGUGCGACAUCGCCGCCAUCCUGGGCAUGUACACGCUAAUGAGUAACAAGCAGUACUACGAUGCCAUCUGCAGCGGGAACAUCUGCAACACGGAGGGCAUCAACAGCGUGGUGCAGCCGGACCGGUACCGGCCGGUGCCGGACGAGCCCCCGAACCCCACGGACGUGGCCGAGACGCUGCAGCGGCUGCAGGACAACGACCCCGCGCUGCAGGACGUCAACCUCAACAACAUCAAGGACAUCCCUGUCCCCACGCUCGAGGCCAUCUGUGAGGCCAUCAAGACCAACACCCACGUGCGCAGCCUCAGCCUGGUGGCCACGCGCAGCAACGACCUGGUGGCCAACGCGGUGGCCGAGAUGCUGGAGCAGAACCAGAGCCUGCAGAGCCUCAACCUCGAGUCCAACUUCAUCACCAGCGCGGGCAUGCUGCGGCUGCUGGCGGCCAUCGGGCACUGCCCCACGCUGAGCGAGAUCCGCGUGGACAACCAGUGCCAGCGCCUGGGGGACACGGUGGAGAUGGCCAUGGCAGCCACCCUGGAGCAGUGUCCCUCCCUGCUGCGCUUCGGGUACACCUUCACCCUGCAGGGCCCGCGGGCGCGCGCCGCCGCCGCCCUCACCCGCAACAACGAGCUCCGUCGCCAACAGAAGAAAUCCUGAAGAUCCCCCCGUGCCCGCCCCGAGCUCAGGAACCGCUGGGAAUAAAGUGGAAAAAUUGUGGAAAGUGGUCCCAAAAAAUUCCCACUUUAUUCCCGGGGCUCUGGGG